AUGGAUGAGCUGCCUGACUCCGAUUUACAGAUCUGCCAACAGAGAGCACCUACCUGUUGCACUAAAAAGAUGGAAGAAAGCUACCAGACAGCUGUUCGGAGAGAGAGGACUCAGAGUAUCCAGGCAUUGAACUUUGAACUGAAAUACAUGAUUGUUGGUCAUGUUACAGCUUUUCAAGAAGCCUUUGAGUCAUUGCUUCGCUUUGCUGAGAAUCACACAACUUCCCUGUUUGAGACAGCUUACCGAGCUAUGGCAAAAGAAGCUGUUGAGCCUGUCAAAGAACUUUUUACAGAUCUCUCUCUCUACAUUCUGGGUGCAGAAACUACAGUGGAAAGUGCAGUUUUACGGUUCUUCGACAGUCUCUUUCCUCUGGUGUACAGUCGGCUAAUAAACCCAGGAAUUACAGAUCUGUCAGAGGACUAUAUGGAGUGUCUGCGACUAACAAGGCAAGAUAUAAAUCCCUUUGGACAUUACUCUAAAGACAUGGUUACAGAGCUGUCAAAAUCCCUUUGGGCAAGUAGGAUGCUAAGCCAGGCCCUAAAUAUGGGCACUGAAGUGAUAAAUACUACUGAACAUGCUGCCCUCACAAAGGAAUGUAGCAAAGCUCUAGUGAAGAUGCAGUACUGUCCACAUUGCCAAGGCCUGACACUAAUCAGACCCUGUGUUGGAUACUGUCUAAAUGUAAUGAGGGGCUGUUUGGCCAGUGUGUCAGAACUGGAUAGACAAUGGAGGGAAUACAUCUCCACACUGGAAUAUCUGAUGAAUGAAAUGUCUGGGUCACAUGAUCUGGAACGUGCACUUCCGCGAAUCCGGAACUCGGUCAAUGAGGCUAUCCUGCACGCUCAGUUGAAUGGACCACAACUUUCUGCUACAGUUGAUAAAGUGUGCGGGCAGCCUAAAGGAAGAGAAGUGAAGCCUUCGCCAGACAACGUAGUGCAAGUGAAAGAAGUGACUGAAAUGCAGGCUCUCACACUGACCCAUUCUGCUACUCUGAACAGUAAAAGGAGUUCUCUGCCUCUGAAAGCUUCAAAGAAUGACAAAUCCAGAAGUUUGAAAAAAAUCUCUCGGGAGUUCAUCAACUACAUGAAAAGAUCCCGAACCUUUUAUGCCUCUAUUGCAGAAAGGCUUUGUGAUGGAGACCUGGUGAUGAGAGACAGCUCAACUUGCUGGAAUGGAGAGGAUGUUGUGGAAAGUUAUACCAGCAGAGUUGUUUCCAAUGGAUUGAAGGCACAAGUUAAUAACCCAGAGCUGAAAGUCAGAGGAUUAGACCCUCUCAUCAGCCAUUUAAUUGACAAACUUCAGCAUUUUAACCAGCUGGAUACUGAGAAGACAAAAUUGAAGUCAGAGAGAUGGGCUUCCAGAGAAGCUGGCAGUGGGGAUGGAAAAAGUGAGGAGGUGGAAUCAAGUGGGGACUGUGAUGAUGAGGAUGGCUGUCAAGGAUCUGGUGAUAGGACUCACAUAACAGAUAUACUCAAAGAAAAGAAGACCUAUCCAGACGAUAGGAGUGAACCAAAACCAACUGUGAAAAAGAUUGACACCACAACCACCACAACCACUGUAAAGUCAUCUUCUAAACACAAUGCUGGGAACAUGGGCAAUCAAGCCACAAGUCCCUCCCUUUCCAUUAUAGCAGCACUAGCAAUUUUGCAGCAUUAUCUUUCGUAGCAGCAUUAUAUGGCAGCAACUGUGCAAACAUUUUUGUUCACUGUCAUUUAUACCUACAGCCUUACCCAACAGAAAACAAAGUUAAAAGGCUCUCUAGUAUUAUAUGGUAUGCUAGAAUAAAUCCUAAAAAAAAUAGGCUGGGAUUGGCUGAUAGCAAGUAUCAGCACUUCCAACGUGUCUGAAGAUGGUCCUUAAUAUUAUCCACUCAAAACACAAAACAAAUGAUGAUAGGGGAUCUGAAUAGUUUAAAUUAUUGGAUUGAAAUAAUUAAGAACACUAAAAUUGUGAAUUUGUGAGUUGGCAUUUCUCCCAUUUUAUUCACUGAAUAAUCUGACUGGCUGUUUCUGUUUGUUAGCUUCUGAUAAAUUCAAACAGAUGAUCAGUCUGUAAGCCAAUAUAUACAUUAUUUCUCUAGUAUGUGGCUCAUAACUUAUGUCUACAGUUGUAACCCAUGGUCAAGUGAAGUACUGUCUGCCAGUUUGAUAAAAUUCCUAUCUACCAGUUUGAUAAGCGGUCAAGAAGAUCAGAGCAUGUUUGAACCUCUUGUUUUCACUCUAACUGUUUAGAUUGUAGGAAGCAAUAUACAAAACAUAUGGUGUGUCUCUAUAUCAGUAUAGUUGCCUUAACCAUUUAAUUUUUUUAAACACUUAGGUUUAUUGAGGGGUAUGGAUAAUGAGCUUCCCUGCCCUACCAAACUACUUUACCAUAUGCUCAAGCAUAUGUUCAAGGCUUACUGAAUGAAUGUCCAACAAAAGGAAACAUAAGUACACAUCAUAAGGUUUUAUCCAGCUGAGUGCACUUCUAUAAAGAAAAAGGUUAAUUUUGAUCAAACUUAUUUUUCCUGAUUGGUGUAAAGAGGAAUUGAAUUGUGUCAGAGAGAGGAGCUGUUCGGAUUCCUCAUACCUGUAAAGUGGUUACUAUGGAUCUCUGAAAUCCAGUAUGCUUCAUAAACCAGGUAUUAUUUAAUAACAUUUACUGUUUUCAGUUACACUAUCACAGUAAUAGUAAAUGUAAAAUGAUCUGCAAGCUAGAAAAUAUUUUAUGUCCCACUUUGAUUUGCUGUCCUGGAUAGUGUCAAUUCUAGAUUUUAUUGUGGUAAGGUUUUUUUUUUUAUUCAAUCAACGAUAUACGAUGAAUUUUUUAAACUCUUGACAGAAAGGCACUAUGAUACAUAGCUUCUAGUGGGUGAGAGUUAACGUAUUUUCUGACAACUAUGUUUAUGGUGCCAUUGAAAAUACUAUACAUGCAGGACUGUAUGAAUACAGUGAUUUAAUAUGAUAAAUAUUUGAAACAUUAGGAUUGUUCUGUUUACUAAAGUUCAUAACCAAUUCAUAGUUCAAUGGACAUUUUCAUGCUGUAGACUAUUUUGUACAGUUUUAUAAGAUUUAAUGUAAAAACAUUUGCCUUUGGUUUUUUUUGUAAAACAUCUUUAUAAAUGCUUAGAUUGACACAAGCCACAGAUUCACAAUUCAAGAGAAGGACCUCAAAUCAUAUCAACCCACUUCUAGUAUUUUGUUGUUGACCUUGAUUAUAAAAGACAGCCUAACUCAAGGAUAGUGUCAAGUGCCAGCAUAGCUAUGGUGUCAUGAUAUACAGUGACAAGAAUGAGUGGCUAAUAUAGUGUCUUAUUGUACUUAUGUGUUUUCAUGUGGAAUUAGUGAAAGUGACUAAUUGUCCUUAUACUGGCCAAGCAGGGUUUUUUGGUCUUAGAAAUCAUGUAAGCACAUAAAUUUAUAAUCAAAAGCAUACAGAUGUAGUCACAGGGGCUUUUGAUACAAGCUGAAAAUGGGCAGGUCUUGCAGAGCAGAACUACAAAUUUUAAUGUUGGAAUAAGACAAAAAUAAAUGAGAUGUUCCUAGAGCACUAACAUGGAGCAAUUAGUAAAAUUCUGACUUCUUCAUGUGUUAAUGCUACUAAAAUCAUUAAGUUCACAUCAUGUUAACAAAAAACAAUCUUGCUAACUUAAUGAAAUUUGCAGUCUUUCAAUGUUCCAGAGUUCACCGGUGCAACUAAGUGAAUGACAUCAGUCUAUUCAAAUAUGUAAUAAAAAUGCCAUGGUUAUUCAUUUUGACUUCCUUGAUCUCCCUUGGAAAAGUAUAUUUUUAGCCAGCAAGUGAUUCCUUUUAACCCUUGGUAAUUCUUUACAGAUGCACAGGGCUAAAUGAGAUGUCUGUAAUAAGAGAGGGAAACAUGUCCAAUAGAUGCCCAAAACUGAUUUAGACUCCAAAAUCCAAAUCAUCAGCUCAUGUAAAUCAUCUUAGCUCCACUGAAGUUGUUCACAGAUUUACAGCUGAGUAUCUGGCUUCUAAGUCAAUGCUCUCACAUGUGGAAACAUAAAUCAGUGUUAAGAUGAGUAUAUCAGCACUUCAGUAGCUCUAAUCUCUAUACUAGAUAGCAAUCUAGGAAUUCAAGAUGGGCAUUGAUUCUCCCAAAUUCCAGCUGUUCUGUUUCAGGUUUUUUGAAUGUCACUGUUUCUCAUUUACAGUUGAAAAGCUUGAAUAUCCAUAAUCUACUGGUAAGUGUGCUUUUUGAAAAUGACUUUUUAAUAGGCUUUGUGAUAACAGAUCAGAUCAGUAAUUUAUCUAAUCCAGUACCCUUUAGCACUGGUAGCCAAUACCAACUUCUUCAGAGGCAAGUGCAGGAAGUUACGGAAUUCCUGGUGUUUUUCUUCCUACUUUAUAUUACCUAUGUGUUGGUUUAGGCUGUGAAACCUGGAGUCAUCUAUACUUCUGCUAAACAAAAACAUAUGAAAAAUUAAAUGUUUUAAUCUUUUAUUUGAUUGACAAAUUCCACAUAUAUUAAACAAGGGGACAGUUUGUUAGCAUCAUGAAAGAUAACAGAACUAAAAUAAGGCUACUCAUACUCUAGGUUGAGAAAUUCAUCAGCUCACUUCAUUGGAUUUAAUCAAUAUUUUAAUAGACACAGGUUGUUACAGGGGAGAAAGAGGGGAAGAGAAAGAGUCUACAGAGAACUCAACAUCUAUUAAUACUUUCCACUAAUAUAACUACUCUACUGUAUUUAAUGCUGUAAGAGAGCAUGAAACAUUCAGCAUGUACAUUAGAAGUAUGUUGCAACUUUAGAAAGCCCAAAAGCACUAAUAUGCAAUGUUAUGCCAUAUAUUUUAUCUAACACUUUAGAAACAGUUUUCUUCAUGGAUGAAUUGAGUUUAUGCAUUAUAAAGGAAUAUUCUUCCUCAUACCUCAAAUUCACAUUUUUAAAUUCAAAAACAACUGACUAUAUCAAAUAGAAAUAAGACACAAACAACAGCUUAUUUUAAAAGCUGAAGGCACCUUGAACACAAUGAUUAAAAUAUUUUAACUUCAGAAAGAAUAUUUUAUAUUUUCUUUGUAAGCGUAAUCUAAAAUGACAACCAAUAUAAACAAAUUCCAUAAUUUUUCCUGGCAAUGGCAAUUUUUGUUGUGGCAUUUUGAACGUUCAUUGUUUCUUAAAUGAUCUGUUUUUAGUAUUUUGCUAUCCCAGUUAUUGUGGAAGUAAAGAUUGGUAUAUUGAAAUCAGGCA